AUGACCGACAAGACGGACAAAAGUGGUGGCAAACCGGCGACGGCCGGUGCCGUUUGGCCCAACAGACCAGUGCCUAUGAAACUGUUUGGCGGGUGGGAAGUCGAUAAGACACCUUCCAAUUGCAUUCCCAGACUCUGUUCGCUAAACAUCACUCGAUUGGUGUUAUGUAAGCCUUUAGGACCAGAUGUGACCACAAUUAUGAUUGCGGUCAAAAUGCAGAGCUCUAAACGUACGCUUAGAUCCAAUGAGAUUAAAGUGGAGAAUGUGAUGGAGUCGAGUGCCGGUGCUGUCGAACUCGACCUCUCAUUCUCACUACAAUACCCGCACUUUUUGAAGCGAAACGGAAAUCAGUUACAAAUCAUAAUCCAAAGGCGCAAACGCUAUAAAAACCGCGCGAUUCUCGGCUUUAAGACACUGGCCUUCGGUCUCAUAAAUAUGGCCGAAGUGUUGCAGAGGUCGACGAAUAUAGAAAAAGAGUUAGAACUGAUUGCGAACUCCAAAGAGUUGGGCAAAAACGAGACCAUCGCCAGGAUAUCCAUCUCAUCGCUGAGGAGUCAACCCGUGGACACCAGUAGUAAUGGGCGACCAAUGAAAGUGCCGUUAGACCACUCACUGGACAGGUCCGCAGAGGUGGACAGCGAUGAGGAGGACUUCUCGUCCGGCGAGGAGAACAGUGAUAGUGAGACGGCAGAGGAGCCGUCGGCCGGCCCCCACUCGAGCAAUCGGGAACGGGUUAACCAGUGGCGCCGACAAGUGGACCCUCGCAAACACCGCAAGUUAUUCACGAGUCGAGAGGCCAGUGGCUCCGAUCCCAACGCACAACAACGGAAUGACAGGAAUCUGAAGCAAAAAUUCAUAGCUUUGCUGAAGAAGUUUCGGUUACCCGACUCCGAACAGUUCGACACCGAAGAACAAUAUCAGGCGGCGAUCGAACAACAACUCAUGGCUUCCGAAGAGCUCCAGAACUCGAGAGAAAUCGACGAAUUCUUCGAAGAGGAAGAUAUCGACGACUUGAGUGAUAGCGGACAGGACUUCGAUGACAUCAGCAUAUCUUCGAUACCUAAACCCAGUUUAAAGCCAUUCUUCUCUUCCUGUUCUCUCAUCGGUCCCGACGCUGACGCAGAGAUAUAUAAUGGCGACGAGUCUAAGAAGCGGGUCGAGUGUGACAGUCAAGAGAACUCAGGCCCCGAACAAACACCGGACACAUCGGACACGAGCUUAAAGCACACCCCGAAUGAGGGCAAGGGUUCGGUCGAGAAGGAGAAGAAGUCGAAACUCUUUAAAACAUUAUUUCAUAAGUAAUGUUAUAUUGUCUGUGAAUGUAUUGUCAAUUGAAUUACACACAAAACAUGCGAAUGUAUGAAAGGAAAGGCUAUUUUACUGGCUUUAUAGCUGCAGAGGCCGGUGUCUCGACCGUCUGUGAGUGGGCCCUCCCUGUCGUCGUUAUUUGCUUUUUAAAUACAUUGUUUUAAGACAUCUUUGUUUAAAACAUAUGUGAAUAACAUCUAAAUUAAUGAUUAAAAUCAAAAUUAAUUUAGACAUUUGAAUGAAUAGAAAAUAAUUAGAGCUUCCAUUAGAGGACACGUAUUUCAAUAGUAUAUCAAAUGAGACUAAAAAUAUUUGAGACAAAAACUUUAUAUUAAUUUUACAAAAACAAAACAAAACCUAUUUAUUAAUUUUAUUUAUAGUUUGUACGAAAUAUUCAUUUUCUUGUAUUAUUAAUAUUAUUAACAAAUCAAACAAAACAUAUGAUUAUUAUUAAAAAGCAUCGAAGAAAAAGAGAAAAAAAUAUAUAAUUUAAAUAUAAAAACAUCGAUUAUAUUGUUAUUUAU